AUGACCUUCAGGCGCGAGGUAGUUGUCAAACGUCUGAAGGAAGCUAAAAAGACCGCUGAGAGUGUACAAAGCAUAUCGAAACUCAUCAUUCACUAUCAUGAACAUGUGGCGGUAUCAAGCGAGACUUGGCUGGAAGUUUUUCAACAGGCGUCAAUAGAGUCACAGCUUGCUUUGUGGUAUGUUGCAAAUGAGGUAGUUCAGACUUCUGGAAACAAGCGACGAGGCUUAGGAACAUUAUUCAAGGAAGCUUUCAAACCUCACCUUGAAAGAGCGCUUCCAUUGACGGCAGACAAUUCAAAAAAUGAAUGCUUUCUUAAAGUGAUAGUUGUCUGGGAAGAGCGAAAAGUUUACGAUCAACUGUUUUGCGAACGAUUAAAGUCAAUCAUAGAGUUUUCAAAUUCAAAUGCUGGCUCCAAUUACUCAAGGUCAACACAGGACGAGUAUGUGCCGCAUGUAUUAAGGUCACCCUCCAAUCACGAACAGGAUAAAAAAGGUCCAGGCAGUGUGUACGACGACCAAGAGAGAGUCGCCCGAGCUUUGGCUAUAUCACAAGACUUUCAAUUGACAGCUACACAUGAAUUAUUUGACAAGGCCCAAAAGAUGAAAGGAGAUGCCGAAGUUUCUCGAAAACAGUACGAUCUGAACAGCUUUGAUAUCACAUCGAUGGAGUCCUUCAAAACGUUAAAAGAGAAAGCGGAGGGUGUGAAGAUGAAGCAGCAGUUCGAGAGUGUGGCGAGGAGGCUGGAGGAACUGGUAGAGCAGUUGGAAAGUGGAUUCCAGCUGGAGAGCCAGUCUCUGGACCACACUCUAGCCGCAGAGAUGUAUUUUAAACACCAGCAGUCAGAGGCCAUAGUAGUCUGCAAGGCCUAUAAGAAUUUUGGGUCUCGAAUUACAAGUUUGCGCAAGAAGCUGCGUGAGAAGAAGAAGGUAUUACCUAGCUUACCCCAGAGUACUGUGCCUAACUCUGCCAAUGACAUGGAGCUAGACGAGGAGGAGGAGGAAGAGACUGGACAGAGCAUAUCUGUGAAUCAGGAGAUAGCCACUGCUAACAACCACAUGAGCUCACCUGUUGCCAACCCAAUGGACCCGGCAAACAUUAUCGCAAUGAAAAAUUUGGAGGCCCCGCCUGGUCCUGGACAACUGAAUGCAGUUAGUGAUAUUAUGCGUCAACUCAUGUCGCGCGUGAACGGACCAGCACUGCCGUCUAGCUCGGAACCUUCUGCUCAGUCUGAAGAGUCUUCAAGACACCACAUGACUUCUAACUCAUCAGAUGCGGCUGCUUCGGCCUUCGCGCAGCAGCAGAUGACGUACUAUGGGGGCAACCCGCUCAUGGCCUCUUACUAUGGAACACCAUACAGUAGUGCAACUAUGGCAAGCAAUCCCUUGCCGCCACAGAGUCAAGUGAAUACAAAUGCGCCACUUCCUCCCUCUGAUCCGGGGGAUGGCGGUGGAGUCACGACUGCCUUUUUUGAUUCAAUGUCCAAUAGUUCAACCAGAGAAUUGGAGAAUACAGCCGGCAAUGCAGGUUCCGAAAUUAGUUCAGUUUCCGCGGCUACAAAACAGAUUGAUCAAAUCCUUGGUAAUCCGAGCGAAAUUCCAAAUGAGCCAGCAAAUGUAGCCAUCUCGCCGGUCAAAAAUACUUUCCAGGCGGCGCCUUCCUUCUAUUCGCCACAAACAACAGCAAAACCGAAUCCCUAUGCUAAUCAACCCCAGUUCCCCCAGAAUGCAAACUUUUCACAGCUUUACCCUCCGAUGGCGAGCCCUAGCUUCUACCCUAAUUUUUUCAACCCAUACCAGCAACAACAAAAUGCGUCACCUUUAGUUCAAGUCACGCAAAGCAGCGACGUCGAUUUGAGACAAACGACCAAACCGCAAUUUCCGCCUAGCAAUCAUCCUCCAUUUGAACCCAGUAUUGAUAGUCGACCCAAUACUCAGAGUCAAGAUUAUGAUUCAAGGUAUUCAAACCGAGACAGAGCAGAUGGCGCAGAUCCUAACAGCUGGAACAGUCAGGUUGCUGGCUUCUUGGAGGAUCCAAGGAAACGUAGUCGUGAUGGAUCUUCGCAGAACUAUCGCGGGGUUCCUCCUUUUAAGCGACCAUUCGGGGGCAGAUACAUGGACGACCGAAGAGGGCGGGGUUCGAACCGGGGUGGCCGUGGUCAUUGGAACGGACACGAUGGAUAUGAACAGCGUGACCAGGAUUACAGACAUAGUUCUUCGAAUGAGUUUGGACCACGUGGUGGUAGGGGUAGAAGUCAUUGGAAUUCUAGAGGCUCGGGAAGCUCAUUUGACAGGGAUGCUGCAUCAUUUAGAGGGAAUCACAGAGAUAGUGCACCAAUUUUAGACCUUCCUGCGAUGAAUCCAGCAGAAAUAGAACAAAGUUCAAAUGCUCCAAAAACGAUCAAAGAUGUGCUAAAAGAGUCUGGACAAAGUGUGUUGGGCUCAGCGUUGUCCAAUGAUUCUGAUUUGUCUUCGUCAGAAUGCAGUCCACUUAAAAACGGGAUCCGGCCGCCGCCGCUUCUCCAGGCUCCGGAUCUGAACGCCUCAAGAUCAUCAGAAGAAAGCUACACGCCUACCAGACCUCAUUUGACGCAUAUAGGUGAACCAGGUUCAAUUGAUGUUGAGAAGAAUUCGAUUCAUUUCGAUGCUAUCAGAAAUGCGAGAAAUGUUGCGGAAGCGGAAAGUGGAAAAAACGUUGGUCAUUUUGAUGCAAUUAAAAGAGCAAGAAAUGUUGCAGCAGAAUUUGAGCAGUCUUUUAGUUCAGGGAACGAUAUAACUGCUGAGGAGACAAAAAAGGUACACGACGAUCCAAAUGAUGGAAGUGUCCCAAUUUUAAUGAACUCCGCGCCGGGUUCUGACUCUCAAAACUCUGAUAACUUAAAUCCAAAUUCACCCAUUAAACCUGUCUUGAAUAUUGCCCAUUCCAUGCAAUCAGACAGCCAUUCAGGUGACCGAAGUUCAAACAGUAGAAAUCAAUCGCAAUUUAGUAGAGGUCAGAAUAGAAUGCAAUCUGUUGCUCCGCCAGAUAGUCAGCCGAAUUUGGCGAAUGUGGAUACGAGUUCACCCGAGUAUGCUAGAUGGUGGUUCUACCAUUUCGGGCGGGGCAGGGGACGGGGAGGAGGAAUGUCAUCCAAUGGCAUGAACAACAGAGGGGGAGGCAUGAUAGCACCACAUCUCUAAUUAAAACUUACAAACUUGAUUUUGUUUUUCCAAAACAAUGUAGUUUUCUUUUUCUGCAUUGAAUAGAAUCUAUGCUGUCUAAAGUUUGAUUUGCAAUGUAUCCGCCACUAUUGCUCUGCAUAUUUUAUGGGAGAUUUUCCUAAAGAUGUCAAUUUAAAUUUACCGAAAA